UCCAGAGGGAAUGACGAAACAAAAUCAUUAACAAGGAUCUCACUAUAUAAACUGCUCACCCAACUAGCAGGAGACUGCAGUUCAUAGCGUAUUCUGCAGAGCAAGGUUUCAGAUCUGAAUCUUCUUCUUCAUCAGAACGGGUGCAGAGAUGAUCCGAAUCUUAGCAGCCCUCUGCUUCCUGGCCACCUGUUGGGCACAGGACUGUGUUGUAGACAAUAUACAGGUUAUGAAGGACUUUGACAGAUAUCGGUAUGCAGGAACAUGGUAUGCUGUGGCCAAGAAAGAUCCAUCUGGGCUUUUUCUGCUGGAUAACAUUGAAGCUACUUUUAAGAUUGAAGAUGAUGGCAGAAUGACUGCUACAGCCAAGGGUCGAGUAAUAAUUUUAAAUAACUGGGAGCUGUGUGCCCAGAUGUUUGGUACCUUUGAAGACACUGAGGACCCAGCGAAAUUCAAGAUGAAGUACUGGGGAGCAGCAGCUCAUCUCCAGAAUGGAUACGACGACCACUGGGUCAUCGACACCGACUAUGACAACUAUGCCAUCCAUUACUCCUGCCGCCAGACGGACGUAGAUGGCACCUGCCUGGACAGCUACUCCUUCAUCUUCUCACGCCACCCCACUGGCCUGAGACCGGAGGACCAGAAGAUUGUGACCCAGAAGAAACAGGAGCUUUGUUUGCUGGGCAAAUACAGGCGUGUGGCUCACACAGGUUACUGCGAUAACAGCUGAAUUGAUUAACUGAAAAGGACACCAUGGAUGUAGCAUCACAUUUUUCUAAAUAUACACCCUACUAAGUGACCUAUGCAAUGAUUUUUCAAUCCAUUCUGCUGCAAUGUUUGCUUUAGUUGCAUCAUUCUGUGUUAUGGCCUUCUGAAAGUCUUUUUGAAUAUUUUCAAUGUGUGUACUGUAUGUUCUUUUACAAGCAAAUUCAUGUCUGCUGUAUUGGUUUGGUGUAGUUUACAAAAACAAACUACAAAACAAAUAUUUUUAGUAGAGGUCAAGUUUGUUCAUUUAGACCUGAAUGUUGAAUUCAGAUUUGAAUGAUGAACAGCAUGAAUAGUUAAAAAAGACUCAUUCAAUCUUACUGAAGAACACCUGUCUGGAAAUGUAAAAAGGGAACAGUGUUUCAUGGUGUCACAGCAAAGAUAUAAUUAAGCCUGUCACUUUCUGUAAAUUUCAUUUCCCUUAGUCUGAGCCAAAAUCUGGGUAUAUUUCAUGUUAUAUGGUGACUAGUUUGCUUUUACUCUGGAUUUAAGUGUAACAUAUAGUUUUUUCUUCAUUCAUUUUUGCUUUCAAUCCUGAUUUGAUUUUGAUUGAAAUAAUGUUUUAUAAUCUUGCUCUGCUAUCACUUCUUAGAAAUGUUUACAGCACAUUUUAAUUGUAUCUGUCUUCUUUCUGUUCAUUCUUUAAAUAAAAAAAUAAACAUACUUUUUCGCAA